GAAGCCGGCCUGUGAUUGGUUUCAAGCGAGAAAGCGGCGCGGCGUCCCGCGUCAUUACGUCAGCACGCCGCCGCCGCCGCGCCCUCUUGCCGAGGUUUGAAUGUGAAGCGGAGCUGGAGCUGUAGGAGGCGUUGCUGCUGCUACUCCAGUCGCCCCUGCCGCCAGUGUUGUCGGGAGACCUGUCAGGUUUUACAGUUAUGGAGCUAAGUGAUGCCAAUUUGCAGACUCUGACUGAAUAUUUGAAGAAGACGCUAGAUCCUGAUCCCGCUAUAAGGCGUCCUGCGGAAAAAUUCCUUGAAUCUGUCGAAGGAAGCCAAAAUUAUCCACUUCUACUCUUAACGCUGCUAGAGAAGUCACAAGAUAAUGUUAUCAAAGUCUGUGCCUCUGUCACAUUCAAGAAUUACAUCAAAAGGAACUGGAGAAUUAUUGAAGAUGAACCAAACAAAAUCUGUGAAGCAGACAGGAUAGCCAUUAAAUCCAACAUAGUGCACCUGAUGCUUAGCAGUCCAGAACAAAUUCAAAAACAGUUAAGUGAUGCGAUUAGCAUCAUCGGUAGAGAAGAUUUCCCUCAGAAGUGGCCUGACCUCCUGACAGAAAUGGUGAAUCGCUUUCAGAGUGGAGACUUCCAUGUUAUUAAUGGAGUUCUUCGCACAGCACACUCUUUAUUUAAAAGGUACCGUCACGAGUUUAAAUCAAAUGAACUGUGGACAGAGAUCAAACUUGUCCUUGAUGCCUUUGCACUACCACUGACAAAUCUUUUUAAGGCCACAAUUGAGCUUUGCAGUACUCAUGCAAAUGAUGCCAGUGCUUUGAAAGUGCUCUUCUCCUCUCUGAUUCUGAUUGCAAAGCUGUUCUACAGUUUAAAUUUUCAGGACCUUCCUGAAUUUUUUGAAGAUAACAUGGAAACUUGGAUGAUGAAUUUCCACAACCUUUUAACUUUGGAUAACAAACUCUUACAGACAGAUGAUGAAGAGGAAGCUGGUCUGCUAGAGCUUUUGAAAUCGCAAAUUUGCGAUAAUGCAGCCUUGUAUGCCCAAAAAUAUGAUGAAGAAUUCCAACCUUACCUGCCACGUUUUGUCACCGCAAUCUGGAAUUUAUUAGUCACAACUGGUCAAGAAGUUAAAUAUGAUUUGUUGGUAAGCAAUGCAAUCCAGUUUCUGGCUUCAGUUUGUGAGAGGCCUCAUUAUACACACCUUUUUGAAGACCAGAAUACGCUGACGAGUAUCUGUGAGAAAGUCAUUGUUCCCAACAUGGAAUUCAGAGCGGCAGAUGAAGAAGCUUUUGAAGAUAAUUCUGAAGAAUAUAUCCGAAGAGACUUGGAAGGAUCGGAUAUUGAUACCAGGCGUAGAGCAGCUUGUGAUCUUGUGCGGGGUUUAUGCAGAUUUUUUGAAGGACCUGUAACAGGGAUCUUUUCUGGCUAUGUGAACUCUAUGUUGCAAGAAUAUGCAAAGAAUCCGUCUGUCAACUGGAAGCAUAAAGAUGCUGCUAUCUAUCUUGUAACAUCUUUGGCUUCGAAAGCUCAGACACAAAAGCAUGGAAUAACACAAGCCAAUGAACUUGUAAAUCUGACAGAGUUCUUUGUGAACCAUAUUCUACCAGAUCUCAAGUCUCCUAAUGUGAAUGAGUUUCCUGUACUUAAAGCAGAUGGUAUCAAGUACAUCAUGAUUUUCAGGAACCAAGUUCCUAAAGACCAGCUUUUGAUAUCUAUUCCUCUCCUAAUCAAUUACCUUCAAGCAGAAAGUAUUGUAGUUCAUACCUAUGCAGCUCAUGCGCUUGAAAGAUUAUUUACAAUGAAAGGGACUAACAACACAACAUUAAUUACAGCUGCAGAGAUGGCUCCGUAUGUUGAAAUGCUGCUAACAAAUCUUUUCAAAGCCCUGACACUUCCAGGAUCAUCUGAAAAUGAAUAUAUUAUGAAAGCCAUCAUGAGAAGCUUUUCUCUGCUUCAGGAAGCCAUAAUUCCUUAUAUUCCUUCUCUCAUCACUCAGCUCACGCAGAAACUGCUUGCUGUCAGUAAGAAUCCAAGCAAGCCUCACUUCAAUCAUUACAUGUUUGAAUCAAUUUGCUUGUCAAUAAGGAUAACUUGCAAAGCCAACCCCACUGCAGUUGGAAGCUUUGAAGAGGCACUGUUCCUUGUGUUCACUGAAAUUCUGCAGAAUGACGUGCAAGAGUUCAUUCCAUAUGUGUUUCAAGUGAUGUCUCUACUGCUUGAGAUGCAUAAAAAUGAUAUCCCGUCAUCCUACAUGUCCUUGUUCCCGCAUCUACUUCAGCCAGUGUUGUGGGAGAGGUCAGGAAACAUUCCACCUCUGGUGAGACUCCUUCAGGCCUACUUGGAAAGAGGUGCCAAUACGAUAGCAAGUGCCGCAGCCGACAAAAUACCUGGACUGCUAGGGGUGUUCCAGAAACUUAUUGCCUCUAAACUUAAUGACCACCAAGGAUUCUAUCUUCUCAACAGUAUUAUAGAACAUAUGCCUCCUGAGUCCAUUGAUCAAUACAGGAAGCAAAUUUACAUUCUGCUAUUCCAAAGACUUCAGAAUUCCAAAACAACAAAAUUUAUCAAAAGUUUCUUAGUCUUUAUCAACUUGUACUGUGUAAGAUAUGGAGCAAUAGCACUUCAAGAAAUAUUUGACAGUAUACAGCCAAAGAUGUUUGGAAUGGUUUUGGAGAAGAUCAUAAUACCAGAAAUACAGAAAGUGUCUGGACAAGUGGAAAAGAAAAUCUGCGCAGUUGGCAUCACAAAAAUACUCACUGAAUGUCCUUCUAUGAUGGACACAGAAUACACAAAACUCUGGACACCUCUACUUCAGUCCCUCAUUGGUCUCUUCGAGUUACCUGAAGAUGACACCCUUCCAGAUGAAGAACACUUCAUUGACAUAGAAGACACACCUGGAUACCAGACUGCAUUCUCCCAGCUCGCCUUUGCUGGGAAAAAAGAACACGAUCCAGUAGGCCAAAUGGUGAACAACCCUAAAAUCCAUCUUGCACAGUCUCUUCAUAAAUUAUCUACUGCGUGUCCAGGGAGGGUGCCCUCGAUGCUGAGCACAAGCCUGAAUGCAGAAGCUUUGCAGUUUCUCCAAGGAUACUUACAGGCUGCGAGUGUCACAUUGGUCUGACCUCUUUAUUCCUGGCAUCAGAGUUUCAAAAGUGUGUGAAAAGCCGCGGAUAUUGACUGUCUCCUAAGCAAAGCUCGGAGAGGACGAAGCAAGUUGCUCCUUCAAAAACUCUUUGCCGAAUUGUUUGCUUGAUGCAGAACCUGAAAGAUUUCAUUCAUACGACCAUAGAUAAAGAAGCGAAAGUGACUUUCCCAUUCCCAGUUUGCUUUCAAAGGGAAAUAGUGAAUAGGAGUUCCUCAUUUUGGGAUCGAUUGGGGUUCCACAUCUGCCGUGUUUUGGGUAACAUUUUAAAAGGUGUAGAGCACUGGCUGCAAAACUCAUUUUGUGUCACUAAAAUUCCUUUUUUUUUUCAGUUUGUCAAUUUAUUUCUGUUUGUGUCUUUAAAGUUUAUCUGAAUUGUGAAUAAAUAAGCUCUUGUUUAAAGGGUCUGCCUAGCAAUGUAUGUCUUACUCUGUUAGAAUAUAUUGUAACAGUCUGCAAAUGAUGCAUUGGUCCCAUGCCAUACGCAGUGUGUGUAACUUUGUUUUAUCACCCUGACACUAUUCAUGAUGAAGUUAAAAUUGUAUUUGAAAGGGCACCUUCAUAGCAUUCUGACAUUCACUGGCAGAAGUGUAAGGAGUGCUACUUUACAAAAACAUUCAGAUAUUUUCAGGAAAUUCAUAGCUAUUUAAAAAAAAAAGUAAUAAAUAUCUAUUAAAUGUAAUCCAUGCAGGUGGUUCUUGUUAAGCAACUAUGUCCCGUUAUCUUUGAAACUCUCUGGUGUUCUUCAGUUUGAUAUCCAAACACUGAAAAUCUGUGGUAGAGAGAACUCAGUACCUCACUAAAUUUUGUUUUGGGGAGAAUUAUCAGCUAGUUUUAAUAGGGAUGUGAGUACCUGAGAGUCUUUUAUCCAGUGAAGCUGGUUUGGGGUUUCAUAUAUUCAGAAACAGUUAAAGCAAAUGGGUUGCGGUGGGGGAGAGAGAAGGCAACUCUCCGUCUCUUAGUGGCUCCUCGAAUGAAUGUUGUUGAGUUGACGAAGAUUGAGAAGACCUUCACAAGUUAAAAGUGCAAUAUAAAUAAGGGAGCUAGGAGUUUUUGCAAAAGUUUGAAACUUGGCAUUUCUUGAAAGUAAAAACCCUGCAGCUUUCCUAUUAGAAUUCUGAGGCCCAGGGAAUGUUGUGGUGAUUCAUACCGCCAUUCUGCAGAUGAAGGUAGGUGUGGAUCUGUGUGUGGAGAUUAGUUCUCAAGCCACUUUAUGUAGGAAGAAUAGGAUAAGGAUAUCAACCUCUUUUUAAAGAAUGUAUGUUGAAAUUCUUUUCUGCUGGGGACUUGCAAUCAGGAAUGUAGGAAGUGCCAGAGACUGGUUCUGAGAUAGCACAGACCAAGUAGCAAGAGGUGAAUCCUUGAACUUUUAUGUAUGGUUUUGAAUAUUUUAGUUUCCUGUGGUAUAAAGAGCUUUCACUUUAAACCAGAGGCCUGUUUACAUGAAAUAUGUUUCCCCUCCUUUAGCUUUUCUUAGGUACCUGUGUUUACAUAAGAAAAUGUAAUGUCUGAACUGAGUAACAACCACAGAUAAGUGGCUGGCUGCAAUUUCAGUUGCUAUGGAGGCUGCUGUGAUCACAAGAAUCACUGCCAGUUUACCAUUGCAGCAGGGGGGCGAUGCAGGGGGAGUCAUGAUUGCUCAUGGGUCAGUGACCCUUACUUGUAAGGGUAAUAUACGUCUUUUGAAUAAAGUGAGAAUGCCAAAAAUGCUUAUUUGCAGCAGACGUUGAGCUACCAGAAAAAUCUGGAAACAUGUAUCUCUUUGAUUUCCUGGAAAAAAUUUUUUACUCCAAUUGUACAAUCUUGUUUUGGUUGCACAUGGAAAGAUCAAUGUUUCAUAAUGUGAUUGUAUCUGCACAAUCUGUUCCGUUUAGGAUGUUUAUAGUGGGACCUGCUGUUGCAUGUACAGGCUGAAACCCUCCCUCAGCCACACGGUGGCCUUGAGCAAAUCACUGCUGCAUCUUAAGUGGUGAGAAUAAAAAGAAUUUUCUGUAUGCAA